UGCGCAAUUCAAUCGUGCCGCUGUGCCAGUCGCAGCAGGACGUUUGGAUGGCUGCAUCGGUCGAGACGAACGAGAAUAAUUGGGAAAGAAGAAAUUGGAAAGAAAAGUUCUUGAAAAUUAUUGAAAAAAAGAAUUCGAAAAUAGUUGAAGCCGAGAUAAUCUGACUGAGAACUGCGCGAAAACCCACUUCUUGUUAACAACAACAACAACAGCAGCAGCAGUAUACACAUACGUAUGUGUGUGCCUCUCUCUUAUCUCUUUACCUUUACUUUAUCUCUAAUUUACUUCUACUCUACCUCCUCCCCUUCUUUCAUUUUCCUCUUUACUACACCUCUUCUCUUGCAUUCUCUCUUUUCAACAUUACGCUUUCUCCUCGUCACUCUCUCUCUUCGCUUAUCUGACUUCAACACUCUCUUCUAUACCUCCGUUAUACGCCUUCUUUCGUCUUUCUUUCUCUUUCCGUCUUUCCUUGAUUAUUUAUUCCUUAACGUCAACAAUUUUUCUCUACCUUUUUUCUUUGUAACAUGUUCUUCUAUCGAAAAACAGUUAAUUGUCUACAUUAACACGUUACUUUAAAAAUCUACAUUUAUUUUUCUUACACACACAUUGCAAUAGAUGCGUAUGCAAAUUAUUUAAUAUACACAUUAACAUGUAUAAACAAGAUUUCGGUAAUGUAUGUAUAUAUUUACAUACAUGUGCAUGAUAUCUAAGCCUCUAAUUUGCAUCUUUCUCUCUCUCUACAUAUAUGUGUUAUAUAUUGUAUUUGUUCAGUGAUAUAAUCUCAUUAACAUCCAACUUCGCACCUUAGGGUACAUGCACCAACAAACAGUUUAAACAAAGUUACAUGGGGAACUGUUAUUUUCUUUGAACAACAUAGUUUUUGUUUUGAAAAUCUAUUGUAUCCUGCGUGCACAUGCUCGUUGUCUAACGUAUACGCACACACACACACACAUAUAUACAUAUAUAUAUGCACACACAUGCAAACAUACACUCGUAUACCUACAUAACCACCGCGUAUAUUGUAGUAUUACCUGUAUUACUAUACAGCAUAGUGUUCCGUGCGUGUGCACGUACAUUCACAUCACUGUAAUUUUGCUUGUUUCCUUUCUUUACUUUCUUUCUUCAUCUUCCUCUUUUCAUCACACCGUUUUAUUGUUGUCAUUACCGCCAUCACAACAACGACAUCCAAGCCAGUCCAAUCCCCCUUACAUGUGCGUUGUUUUUCAUUUCAUGUUCCCCUCCUUCGACUGACUGUUCUAGUGUCAGUCUCGAAAUUACUUUAAAAAAUUUCUCUGAUGUAACAAAAAACAACACGUUUUAGCAGCGUUAUUUACUUUAUCACUUAAUUUUGUACUUUUUUUUAUAUUGUUCAUUUACUUAUCAAUUUUUUUCUGUCAUUUAUUAUUUUAAUUAAACCAUGUUUAUUCUUUAAAUGUAUUGAGAAAAUAGUUACCAGCUUUUAAACAACUUUUAAAAGAUUUUAAAUAACCACCUUUUUAGAUAACACUUGCAUUUGUCUAUAUAUACAUAUAUAUAUAUAUUUAUAUAUAUAUAAAUUAGCUUUGGUAACUUCCUCGAAGAGGAUGACGACCAAGUCCUGUAAACUGCUGUAUACUCGUAGUUAUAGUCGUCACACUAGUUUUCCUUUGCGUACCAAUCAUUGCCGAAUCGACAGAAAUAUUUUGGUUUCGCUAAGAGAUUCUGCAAGCAGUUCUUCGAGUGCUUGUCUUGUAUCCAGCGUGCACCGGAGGAGGAGAUCGGCCCCACACACUUGUGCAAGUGGUGGUGGUGGUUUUCGUUGCAAUAAUAAUAAUAAUAAUAAUAGUAUUGGUAGUUGUCUUCAAAGAAUUAAUUACCCUCCUACUGUUGUGGUUCCUCAUCUUACACCCUCACAAGUUCCAGUAUCAACAAUAUUUCACUUAAAUCGGUGAUAUCGCUAGUCAAAUGUUUACUACAUAGCAGCAACUAUAUUUCUUUAUUAAAGACUUUGAUACUGCUUUUUUUUUGUUUCGUAAUUUUUUAGUUUUAAACAUGUUGGAUUUAUAUAAACAUUUUUUUAAAAACUUUCUCUAUUUAAAAUAGAUUUCCCAAAGAAGCGCACGACACAUCUAAAUACACCUAAUACACACAAUUUUGACAUUUAUAAACAGUAUUUCAAACUUUUAUUAAUUGUUCUUGGAUGUGUGUGUGAGUGUGUGUAUUCAUCAAAUAACAUAAAAGACUCGAAUUAAAGUUCUUAAGAUUUUGAAGAUCUCCUCAAAAUACAUCAUGAGUGCUGUUGACUUGAAAACGGCUGUGAAACCACAUUUUGAUUUGAAAGAUUUCAAAUGCCGACCUGCAGAAGCAUCAGUCUUGGCGAGCACAAAGGUGAAAUCACAUGCGGGAAAUGUGAGGCCAAUGGGCGAUUUAGAAAACAGUCGAGAUUGUCAGAAUUUUGACAUGGAAAAUGAACCGGCGAAACACGGGAAAGGAGAUGGCGUCAAGUUCUCCUAUCCCAUUCAUCGCAAACGGUCCCGUUUCGUGAACAGGUCUGGAGCAGCUGAUAACUAUCAUAAUAAGAAGCGGAGGAAAGGUGAAAAGAUAAUACUGCCAACUAAAUUUCUCUUAGGUGGGAACAUUAACGAUCCCCUAAAUCUGAACAGUUUGUGCGAUGAGGAAGUGAACAGAGCUCUAAAUGAGCGGACGCCUCAGUCAUCUCCUGUCCCAACACCUGCUCAUCGGCGUGAUGUUGCAGUUGUCAUGCCCAGAAACCAGUUUGAUCCACUCAACCUGAACGAACCCGAUAUGGAAAAUGAACCCCUAACGCCAGCAAAAAUGAAUGCCAAAAGGAAAAAGAGACACAAAGGUCGCAAAAAAAGUGAAAGCAAUACAACUGGCGACUCAGUAACAACUCCAACCACACCAAUAUGUCUUUCCAAGGAGUCUGAGAAGAAGAAGAUACUUGCUGAAGCUCUGAAGAUUGAAAUAGAUGAUGAAAGUGUACCCGUACCAACCAGCACUGUUGUUACCCCCAGGCAUAAUAGAUCUGCUGUUGCCCCAUUGACAUUAUCUGUCUCCACACCUGUAUUGUCUUCAUUGUCGUCUGGUACUGGAUCAACAUCAAAUACUGAGACAAGUGAAAAUCACAAGGUGAAAUCUGAAGAUAAAAUUGUCUCGCCAGUUAUACCUCAGCUUUCACCUAAAAACCGCAAAAGGCGAUUAGCUAGUUUCUCAGAAAGCCGGACAGUUGACUCCAAUUUGCCAGCUUCCAAAAGCUUUAGUCGAGCUGAAAGCUGUCCCAAUGACAUUGGGAAGCCUACCAUCACUCGAAAAAAUCGAAAACGUCAGAGCCAUCGAGGGGGUAAGGGAGGGAACAGUGCCAACUCGAAAUCCGCUCGAUUCAUCUAUGGUAAUUACAAUCGCUACUACGGUUACCGCAACACCGAUGACAUUGACCAUCGUACCAACUGCUUCAAACAUGAGUGGUUUGAGGGCAAGAAAGUAUUGGACAUCGGCUGUAAUGUUGGGCAUCUGACUUUAUUUGUGGCCCGUGAGUUCAAACCCCAGAUGAUUGUAGGACUUGAUAUUGACAGUAAACUGAUCUCUGCUGCUCGGAACAACAUACGGCAUUAUAUGAGUAAAAACGACCAAAACAAGUUCCCGGCAUCCUGUAAGCUGAGUUAUGGUCCUUUAGCUGCCCCCUACCACGAAGAAUCACAGCCAAGAGUCUUUCCACAAAAUGUCAGUUUUAGACAGGGCAACUACGUGCCAGAAAAUGACGAUUUUCUUGAUUUGCAAAAAGCAGACUAUGAUUUGAUUUUGGCCAUGAGUUUGACUAAAUGGAUUCAUCUAAACUGGGGAGACGCUGGCUUGAAGAGAUCUUUCCGUAGAAUGUACCGACAACUAAAACCCGGAGGAAAGCUCAUUUUAGAACCACAAGCUUGGGGCUCCUAUAAAAAACGCAAAUGGAUAUCGGAAAACAUUCGGAAAAACUUCCAGAAUAUACAUUUAAAACCUGACAAUUUUGCAGAAUAUCUAAUUGAACAAAUUGGUUUUUCACGUUACGAAGUCAUAGACGUCCCUUUCAACCAGGCAAAAGGUUUCCAACGGCCAAUUUUCCUCUUUCACAAAGAUCCUCUCCCCUCAUCAUCACUUCUUUCAUACCAUGGUGAGAUUAACGCUCAAGAGACAUCCAGUGCUGGAGUGAGUUCAUCUGCUACAGCUGGCCAGGAAUGUGAAAUGUAUGAUGCCACAAAAAGCUCUAUGACAAUUACAGAGCAGUCGACAGCGCCAUCUAGCGGAUCUUCUAAUGAGUGCGGAAACAAAAUCCUCAAUCUACGUGGAGCUGCUUCAGCUGGCCAGGAAUCCGAAAUGUAUGAUAUCACGAAAGGCUCCGUUACGAGUACAGAGCAAUCAUCAGCAUCAUUUAGUGGACCUUCUAAUGAAUGUGAAAAUACGACCCCUUCUGCUACAGACAUUUCUAGCUCCCUACUUUUAACCACACAUUCUACCCGCGUUCAAAAUAACGAGACCGACAAAGUCUCGCAAGGUCUGCUCAAAUCUCCUUUACCGUCAGCAGAACCAAAGUCAACAACACCAUUUUCUUCCUCUGCUACUACUUAUCUCUCUUCUUCGUCAUCGUCAGCAUCAGCAGCAACAGCCCCAGCAGCAGCAUCGUCGCCAUCAUCCACAUUGUCAUCAUCAUCAUUACCACCACCACCACCACCACCACCACCAUCACCAUCAUCAUCAUCAUCAUUGCAAACCACUCUUUCGUCUACAUCAGUGUCUUCAGUGUUGAUAUCAUCAUCUACCAUCACCUUCCAUGUUGGUUACAAGUUUAAUUAUUAA